AUGUUACAGUAUCACUCGGUGUUGCGACCUCCCGUACGAAAAGGCGAAGGGAAAAAUUCGGUAAAUGUUGAAGAAUGGAAGCAAAUGCUUGACAUCCUAUGGAGUGAUCCCAAGCCUAACAAAGGAUGCUAUCCAAAUGUGUUCCGAGGUGGAGGGUCAUAUUUUGGUGCCGAUAUCACUGCUUCAUUUUUGGAAAAACAUGGAUUCAAUCUCAUUGUGCGAUCGCAUGAAUGUAAAUUUGAAGGAUACGAGUACACGCAUAAUAAAAAGUAGGU